GAUUAACUAUCCGCCCAAAUAAACACCAAAAAACCGGGCACAGGAUCGUGGUGUGGCAGACAACCCAAUGGCUCCAUGCCGUUAUCGCACGUGUGUCAUGGGCUCAGUCAAUCAUUGGAAGCACUCGCCGUCCUUCAUCAGUCUCACCGGCACCCCCGGGCUCUCCAUCGUGGAAACACGGAUAAAGACGCGUAAUAGAGAUAUCGGCCUACUCUAUCAGCAAAUAAUUCAACAUGCGUAAAAAGAUGAAAACAUUCUACCUCCCUCAAAACAGGCGCCCCUAGGAACCCCAAAAUUCUGCACUGUGCUCCAGCAUAGCUACAGCCGUCGUUCAGCAUGCACAAAACCCCCACUGGAGACCACAUAUUCAGCUUCAGCCGCUUCAUCAACAACGCAGUUCCGAAUCUCGCGCUCGGCCCUCGCGCCGACGACCUCACCGUCCGUGAACAGGACCAGCUUUUCGAGCACCAGAUCUCGCUCCCCGACCCCUUAAAACUCGACUCGCUCGCCUUCUUCGUGGGCGGCAUCACAUCGCACGAAAGAGUAUCUACGCAAGUUCAUGCCGCUCUUAUCAAGAACGGGGUACUCUCAGCCCAAUCGGCAGCCAUCGACACUAAGGCCAUCACGCCGCAGUUUGCACAUCAGAUCUCGAUUAUUUCGAGCUUUGCGCAGAAGAAGCUGGUGAAUUUGUUGUUCUAUUGGGAAGAGGAACAGCAGCGGUGGCGGGUGCUGCUCGAAGAAGAGACAGAGAUUAAGGGCGUAAUUGAUGCCGAACGUGAGGAUGAUGGUGCUGUGGGGUCUUUGGAGAAAAGACUGAAAGAGCUUGAGGGGAUGAUUAGGCUCAAACCGAGUAUGAGGAGCAUAGAGGCCAGGCAGGCAGAGCAGCUGCCAGAUUAUGAGCAGGUACAGGGUCGUCGGAGGCUUUGAAAGAUAGUGGGAUUUGACGUAUUUUCGGGUCAACUGAAGCUCUGAGUGAUAGGACUGUGAUGAAGGCUUUCUUUAUUUGACAGAAUACUAGAUCAGGGAAUUUGAUGGUCUAUAUUGCAAUGCUCUUCAAUAGAAAUAAGAGUUAUAUUCAAC